AUGUCGCGACGUGCCGACAAAGUAGUCAUGCAUGGCAUCAAAUGUGUAGUCGUUGGUGAUGGUGCCGUAGGAAAGACGUGCAUGCUCAUGUCCUUCGCCAACAAUGUCUUCCCGCAAGAGUACAUUCCUACAGUCUUUGACAAUUGGAAUACCGCUAUAAUGGUGGACGACUCUCCAUACAAUCUCGGGCUCUGGGACACGGCCGGCCAGGAGGAGUACGACCGAUUGCGAGCACUCUGCUACCCGCAGACCGACGUCUUCCUCAUCUGCUUCUCCCUCGUCACGCCGAGCUCCUUCGAGAACGUCCGACUGCGGUGGCAGCCGGAGCUGGCCACACACUGCCCGACCGUGCCGUUCAUCCUGGUGGGACUGAAGAUCGAUCUCAGGGAGGACCCAACCGCGCUCGAAACGCUCUACAAACAAAAGCUGUCGCCCAUCACCACCGACGAGGGUAGGAGGUUGGCCCAGGAGCUCGGCGCUGCGGCCUAUGCCGAGUGCUCAGCCAUGACACAAAGAGGUUUGAAAACGGUGUUUGAUGAGGCAACGCGAGCAGUGCUCAAGAACAGGGCUGCGGCAGCGGCGGCCGAGGAGCAGACCCGGCGGGACUCGAUGGCGGCAGCGGCCCCGCCGCCCAGCAGACCGCCGCCCAAGCAGAGCGGCUGCUGCCUCCUCAGCUGA